GCAAGUUAGUCAGUGUUGAACGGCGGACGACGCUUGAGGUCGAACGGAAUUUUACGAGCAAAAGGAAACAUCACUUUUCAAAACAAAAUGGUCAAACUAUUCGACAACAUCAACGAGGAGGUGUACCGGGCGUACGUUUUCUGGUCGGCUGUUUUGGUGGGCAAAAUGCUGCUGAUGUCCAUCCUGACGGGAAUGCAACGAUUCCGUAAGAAGGCUUUCGUGAACCCUGAAGACAUCGCUACUAAUCCGAAACUGAAGCUUAAAUUUGAUGACCCUGAUGUUGAGCGCGUUCGCAGGGCUCAUCUUAACGAUCUGGAGAACAUCCUGCCAUACUUCGUGAUUGCUUUCUUCUACAUCCUAACCGGACCGGACGCAUGGAUCGCCGUGAAUAUUUUCCGUGCCGUGGCUGUAGCUCGGAUUGCACAUACCCUGGUGUACGCCGUUGUCGUCAUUCCCCAGCCGGCUCGGGCCAUUGCUUGGAUGAUACCGUACGCCGCCAGUCUGUUCAUGACCGUCAAGACGGUUCUGUACUUUUUGUAGACUGUUAGAGACUUGUCAUAAAGUUGUGACAUCAAUUGCUUAAGAUUCAGGAAUGAGGGUGCAUUUCAAUGGUACGAAACGAACGCACAAAUUUCACUCAGGAAUAUUUUCCAAUUUUUUAUAAACUUCACGUUGGAUCAAAACCGUGUAACGUCCGUCAAUUCUAAGUGUGGUGUUGAAUAAAUUUAAUAACUUUAAGCUAGUGUCAA